CUGCCUCUGUGCACUCUCAUUCACCAACUCUCUCUCUCUCUCUCUCUCUCUCUCUGGUCUUCAAAAUGAGAGCUCCAUCAUCUCCAUCGCCGGUUUUCUUGCUCGCCGUUCUUCUUCUCAUCCACUGUGUCGCGAAUGCAACGGAGCUCAACAACUCCGGUGGGCUGAGCAGACGCAGCUUUCCCAAGGGCUUCGUGUUCGGAACGGCGACGUCGGCUUACCAGGUGGAAGGGAUGGCCCACAAGGAUGGUCGUGGGCCCAGCAUUUGGGAUGCCUUCGUUAAAAUUCCCGGGAUUGUUGCUAAAAAUGCGAAUGGAGAUGUGUCUGUGGACCAGUAUCACCGCUACAAAGAAGAUGUGGAUAUCAUGGCAAAGUUCAACUUUGAUGCAUACCGGUUCUCAAUUUCAUGGUCCAGAAUUUCCCCAAAUGGAAGGGGGAAAGUGAAUUGGAAGGGUGUAGCAUACUACAAUAGGCUGAUCGACUACUUGCUCAAGAGAGGCAUUACCCCAUAUGCAAAUCUAUAUCAUUAUGAUCUUCCCCUAGCUCUUGAGAUCAAGUACAAGGGAUUAUUGAGUGACCAAGUAGUGAAAGACUUUGCCGAUUAUGCAGACUUUUGUUUCAAGACAUUCGGAGACAGAGUGAAGAACUGGAUGACAUUUAAUGAGCCUAGAGUUGUGGCUGCUCUUGGGUAUGAUAAUGGGUUCUUUGCUCCAGGAAGGUGCUCUAAGGCGUAUGGAAAUUGUACGGCUGGAAAUUCUGCGACUGAGCCGUAUAUUGUUGCCCAUAAUUUGAUUCUAUCUCAUGCAGCUGCAGUGCAGAGAUACCGUCAAAAGUAUCUAGAAAAACAAAAAGGAAGGAUUGGAAUUCUCUUGGAUUUUGUUUGGUAUGAACCUCUUACCAGAUCAAAGGCUGACAACUAUGCAGCUCAAAGAGCAAGAGACUUCCAUGUUGGAUGGUUUAUCCAUCCCAUUGUAUAUGGUGAGUAUCCAAGAACAAUGCAAGAUAUUGUUGGGGAUAGGCUACCCAGGUUUACCAAAGAAGAGGUGAAGAUGGUGAAAGGUUCAAUGGAUUUUGUUGGUAUCAAUCAAUAUACUGCUUACUACAUAUAUGAUCCACAUCAACCAAAACCGAAGGAUUUGGGCUACCAGCAGGACUGGAAUGCUGGAUUUGCUUAUGAAAAGAACAGAGUACCUAUUGGUCCAAAAGCCUAUUCUUAUUGGCUUUACAAUGUACCUUGGGGUUUGUACAAAGCUUUAACAUACAUAAAAGAGCAUUAUGGAAACCCUACUGUGAUUUUGUCUGAAAAUGGCAUGGAUGACCCGGGUAAUCUCACACUUCCAAAGGGAUUGCAUGACACCACAAGAAUCAACUUCUACAAAGGCUAUUUGACUCAAUUGAAGAAGGCGGUCGAUGAGGGAGCAAAUGUCAUCGGCUACUUUGCAUGGUCAUUGCUCGACAACUUCGAAUGGAGAUUAGGGUACACUUCAAGGUUCGGAAUUGUCUACGUUGAUUACACCAACCUCAAGAGGUAUCCAAAGAUGUCUGCCCAUUGGUUCAAGCGUCUACUUGAGAGAAACAAGCAUUAAUCACCUAUCUUUGUUCUUGUUGAUUCGAACAAUUGUCUAUGCAGUAAAAAUGUAGACUAAUAUGGAGCUGAUAAUUUUUGCUGCUUACUACUUGGGUUCUUUCCUUUUAUUUAGUUCUGCACUAAUGAAGCUCAUAUCUGCAAUUGUUGUCA